CUUCGUACUGGUCUAGAUUAUUAGAUUUUAAAUGUGUAGAACUUAGUGAUGCCGAUUAGCUUCAUCUGUCCGCUUCACCAGAGAGGAACGACCCGAUGGCGAGUUGCUCCUGAGAGGUCUUCUUUUAUAUGGUACUUGGCAUAUGGGAAGAGGAAAGGAGGUGACAAGAAGGUGGGGAUGUUAGCAAGAGAGGAUGGUGGUGAGAAAUUUGUUGUCUGUCAUGAUUUGGAAAUUGGGAGCAUAGAUUGUCAGAUUGGACUAAUCUUUUGUCCAUUAUCCCUGUUGAGAUUGUUGGGGUAUAUAGAAUCCUCUGCUCCUGUGGUAAAGUCUAUAUUGAAGAAACCGGAAGGAUGGUGAACACACGUACAAAGGAACAUCAAAAAGCAGUCAAACUGAAAAACGGAACGCAGUCAGCAUUAGAGGAACACAAUCUAGAAAGCGGACACAAAAUGCGGUUCGACAAAGUAACAGUACUGGCCAGAACUAACAACUACUUCCCUAGGAAAUACAGGGAAUCUUUGGAAAUUCAAAAGCACCUCAACAAUCUCAACAGAGAUAAUGGACUAAAAAUCAGUCCAAUCAGACACCACGAAAGCCGAAAAAAUCAAAUUAAAAUAUAUAUUAUAUUAUAUAUUAAAAUAUAUUUUUUUCUCAAUGUGACUAGUUGUAGUAUUUUGUUUAUUAUGCAUCCUUAUAAUGUGACCAGAAAGCUUUUCUAUGCUACACUUACUGUUAAUCGGAAAGCUUUUCUAUGCUAUACUUACUGUUAAUCGGAAAAUAGUGUAACAAUA